CUUGGUUCAUUUAUUCGCGGUAUCGGUUUGGUUCUGCGAUUGCGGACUUCUCGAUCCUAAAUAAGUCGAUUAAUAAUUAGCUAGACAGCGAACUAUAUUUGCGUGUCUUUAUGUAAUGCAGUGGAGCCCCACGCAGACGUACAAGACUCUAAUCUAAAGUGUCUAAUAACAUCUAGUUGCGUUUUAAUUAAAGUAGGCGCCGUUGGAGUUCAGCACCGUGCAGAAAUGAUCAAGGAGAACCGCUGGAACAUCCCACCAAACGCCCCCGCCUGCAUGGAGAAGCACCUGGACUCCCUUCAGUGUAGAUCCGAUGGCAUGUUGUUGCUUGGGGCAUCCAGCCUAACGGGGCGCUGUUGGCAGGGGUCUAUCUGGGUAUACAGUGACUCCAAACUGGCACCCAAUGAGGGCUUCUGCAAGGCGGGCGUUCAGACAGAGGCUGGACUAACAGAGGCCAGGUGGCUGACUGACAGGACCGUCCUUGUGGCAUCCGACUCUGGUGCUGUGGAAUUAUGGGAGCUGACAGAAGAUGAGCGUUUGCUUGUGAACAGGUUUAGUCGGCACGAGCACGAUCACAUCGUCACUGCGAUCAGUCCCACCAGCAGCGCCGGCCAUGCUGUAAGCAGCAGCAUGGACUGCAGGAUCAAUGUAUGGGACCUGAGUCAGGAGGCUGUGAUCAGCACAUACAACGCUCACUCCAUGCCAGUGAAUAGUGUAUCCUGCAGCCCCACAGAUGACUCCCUUUUCCUCUCCUGUGCUCAGGAUGGCCGUUUGCUGCUAUGGGAUCGUAGGAAACCUAAACCAGCCUCUCGAUUGGACGUGGCACCUCCUAGCUGCUGUCCGACUACUGUUGUGUGGCACCCUCAUCAGGCCAGCACUAUCGCAUACGGUGAUGAGCUGGGUAGGGUUACUCUUAGGGACUUCCAGGCUGCAGGGUGUGUGCAGACGAUAAACACACACAGACGCAGAGUGUGUCGCUUGGCCUUCUCUUCACACAGCUCUCCUCAGCUGGCCUCAGUCAGUGAUGACUGCUCUGUAGCUGUGGUGAAUGGGGAGUUCAGAGAAAUCUACAGAGACAUUAGGCACCAGGACUUUGUGCGAGGUGUGUGUUGGGCUCCAGCUGGCUCAGAUGUGCUGACCACAGCGGGUUGGGACCAUCAGGUGCUGCUGCACAGCACGGGCCAGAGAAUUUCCUAGAUUACAUGCAUGCACUUACCUGUAUGCACACCAACCCACCCACGCAUGCAUAUGGAUAAGCUCAUGCAUAAAUUAACACAACCCAAAAUAUAAUACAAACUAAAGAAGAAAACAAGUAUAGUUUAAGUAUAUUUUAAGUGCAAAAGUGCUUAUAGUUUGGCAGUUAAUGACAGCCUCUGGUUCCUGUUGAUCUGUCUGAAUUCUCUUAGACUGAUCUGGGGUCAAGGUUGAUUUAGGUUAAAGGCAGUUACUGGAUCUGCAGGGGGAACUUAUGAUGGAUGUCCAUUCAGUGCAGCUGCAGUCAACAGGCCAUUGGUGCACUUUUUAAUGGUGUAUGUAUAUUAAAUUGGCACUGAGAAAACGAGCUGAAGUGAACGUUCGGCCUAGUUAUUCCUGGAAUGUGAAGGCCAUGCAAACAUCAGCAUUUGAGAUGUUUUCUGGGUGGAAUAUAUAGCUGAAACAGCAUCUUACUUGAGAGCAGAAGCUGCUGUGAACCUUUUUUCCCCUUCUUUUGGAAUACUUUGUAAUAAAAUUCAUACAGUAUUUCAGUAA